AUGGCUCCAGCUUUCAUCAUAUCCACCGCCCUCCUCUCUCUUCUCGGCACUACAACUUCAGUCAUAUUCACCACCGUAGCCCUUCUCCUCGGCAUUGUUUUCCUCUACGACAAGGUAACAAAGAAUAUUAUAACUCGCCGUGGAGCCGGAAAUGGGCCGAAUGCUUCAUUCGGGCUUGAAUCAGCACACACCUACAAGUUGCCUGCGCCGGCAGGCGGGAUUGAUAUCAUUUUUAUCCACGGGCUCGGAUCGAAUCCCGACACGACAUGGCAGGCAACCGCCUCCCCUGAGAGCAAGGAACACGUGACAUGGGUCCGCGACUUCCUUCCUAUUGAUUUAGUCUCCGAUGGCGGUCACCAAGACAUUCGACUCUUUUUCUACAACUAUGAUUCUUACUGGAAGAGAGAUGCUCUGCCUGAGCGACUCACGACUCUUGGAAGUGCUCUUGUUGGUUGGAUAACGAGUCAAAUCCGUACUACGGAUGCGGAGCGAAGCCGGCACCUAGUAUUUGUGGCCCAUAGUUACGGGGGCCUGGUUGUUAAGAAGGCGCUCCUUCACGCCCAAGGCGACCCCAGCCUCAGCUACGUUGCCGAAAAUACCAAGGCUAUCUUCUUCUUGGGUACACCGCAUAGUGGAUCGAGCUUUAGUGUAUGGGGCCGGUGGCAAGCGCGAGCACUCUCGCUUCUUAGAUCUAACUCAUCCAUUCUAGCCGAUUUAGACUGCGACUCGAUUCUAUUGCGAGAUCUUCACCAUGAAUUUGCAAGAAUUGACCGAGCGACUAUCUUUAACUUCUAUGAGCAGCGGCCGAUACAAUUGGCUCGGCUAUGGUUCUUUACGUGGGAGGAAUAUUGUGUCAGCGAAUCCUCUGCUACGUACGCAGGGCCCAGAGUUAAGAAUUUUGGCCUGUCCGUUGACCACUAUGGUCUGAAUAAGUUCGGUUCGCGCGACGUUAACUAUCGAAAUGUGCUAGGGAAGCUUAACGAAGUCACACUCUCCUUAGCUGCUGAAGCUAAAUGCUCCUACGUCGUCCCGCUAGAGACAGUAGAAAGCUACACGCAGCGAAAGGAUUUAUGGAGCGAGUUGGAAGACAAGAUGCGUAUACGGCACGAUAAUGCAAGCGUUCCAUAUGCAGUCGCUAUCUCCGGGCUGGGAGGUGUAGGCAAAUCACAGCUUGCACUCAAGUUUGCAGAAACCCACAAAGAUCAUUACAACCCAAUACUGUGGGUUGAUGCAACUGAUAAAGAGCUAGUGCUGUCGAGCUUCCAGCGACUUGCUACGGAACUUCAGCUUCAGAUCAAUGCGAACACGAAGCACGGGUCAGUUCUUAUAGACGACGGUAACGUCCAAGCAGUACUUCGGUGGCUUAGUAAGGCAGAUGGCAAAUGGCUGGUUAUUAUUGAUAAUGCAGAUGAUUUCACCUUUGGAAUCAAAAACGUCAUACCCAAAGGGCCUCGCGGGAGCGUGUUAAUUACUAGCCAGAAUGAGCUGAGUAUAAAACUUAUUCCACGGGGCUGUGAACAAAUCCAAGUCGGAGACAUGUCCCCACAAGAGUCAACAACGCUACUUCUUCACCACCUUCGCCUAAGUAUUGACAGUCCAGUCACUGAAAUCGUCACUACGGGUUGUAAACAAGUGGCAGAAAAACUCGGAUAUCUAGCGCUUGCUAUUGACCUUGCAGGCGCAUAUAUUGGGAACGAGGCAGAUCCAGAAGAUGCAUUGACUCAGUAUCUCGACGACUUUACUAGGCAUGGCGAUGCGCUUUUACAGAUAGAUCGAUUUCAGGAACUCCGGCCGACUCAGAAGACAGUCUGGACAGUAUGGGAUACUACGCUCCAACAAAAUCAAUAG